UAGAAAUAUGCAUUAUAUAAUAAAAAGAUAUAAAAUGGAGCUAAUGAAAUUUUAUUUUUGUUUGGAAAUGAUGCGCACAAGAAGUUGAGAAAAUGAUAUGAAAGAUGAUAUGAAUGAGAGAAAAACACGAACAAAGUUGUCGUUUAGUUUUCAAAUUAUAAGUUACGGAAUCUUUUUUCGACGAAACAAACCUUAUAGACAUACCACCCAGAAGACCUACUGAAGUAUCUAGAAAAACGUGAUAAUAGCCUGACUCCGGAACCAUCGAAUGCCUUAAUGGUGUGUCGGCAGCAACGACUAGCAGCACCCGCCAGGUCCCUCGUUGUCAACCCGAAGCCGAUAACUCUUUCAGCAACAGCGUGGGCAUAUGCUAUUGGAAACACAUCGGUGCAGCGAGUGGCCCGGGUCUUAUGUGAUCUUGGGUCACAGGUUAGCUCCGUAACGGACCGACUAGCUAACUGUUUGCAACUAUGUCGACGAAAAUGUAAUGUAAUGAUAGAAGGAGUAGGAUCUGCCAUUAGUGCUUAAGUGAACGGUAGUAUGACCUUCACUCUGAGAUCAACAACAACUAAUUUUGAGAUGCGAAUUGAUGCCUUGGUUUUAUCGUCUAUUACUUCUCCGACUCCAGGAGCAAGAUUGACAUGAACUAAUGGUUAUACUUAAGGAGCUUAGCUUUGGCGGACUGAGUAGUUGGUAUGCGUGGAACGAUCGUCGUUCCUAUCGAAGCGGACGAGUGGGAUCGACUCAUACAAGGGGAAGUCAUCGGUGGAGGACCAGACGAAUCUUUUGCCCAGCGUACCCGCUUUGGCCCAGCAGCAGUAUCUCUUACUACGAAGGAAACACUGCUCGUAGAUAGAGAGGAUCGCCGUUUGGAAAAACUGGCGAAUAAGUUUUGUUACCCUUGUAACUUGCAAUACAGCAGUUUUAUAGAUUGGAGCGUCUCAUGGUUGCAGAUCCAAUCCUUGGAGCAAACUAUAUUACAUAUAUAAGAGAAUACGCUGCACUUGGGAAUAUGGAAUUGGUACAACCACCCUAACUGUUACUAUAGGCUGGUAUUGUCACCGGCGAAGCGAACGUACUUGGCGAGUCGAACGCUUUGGCGAAAAUUCGACUCGUUCGUAUUGUGACUGGCGAAUGAACACAUUCGCCUAACUUUUUUGUUGCCAUACCAAAAUAAUUGAAAAAUGUCACACGAAUUCAUCCAAAAAUUGACAUUUUUGACGCCUUUAAUUUGAAAAUUGUUUUUGUUUACAAAAUUUAAUUUGAAUUUCAUACAACCACGGGCUUAUUGUUAAAAAUAAAGUAAAAAAUGUUUUGCAACGUUGAUUUAUAUUUUGAAGACAGCUAUGUUGAAAGCACAACAAUCAAUUUACUAAGACAGCGGCGGUUCAUCAGGGAUACUCCAAUCCCAUGGAACUUUCUUCUGCAUUUUUUAAGGAAAACUUUCGGCUAAGCAAGGAUGCAUUUAUGUAUGUGUUAGACAAUAUAAAUGAAAAAUGUCCUUAUCAGCUAUCGUCGUCAAUAUCGCCAAUGUUGAAAUUGUGUUGCACUCUUCGAUUUCUGGCUCACGGGAGCUAUCAGCAAACAGUGGGAAAUGAUUUUAUAUUAGGUUUUGCGCAGCCCACUGUUUCAUUGAUUUUGAAUGAAAUGCUCCCAAUAUUGGAAACCACUCUUUGCAGUGUAUGGAUCAAAACCGAUAUAAGUGAAGAACAUAAGCAACUGACAAGAAGAAAAUUUUAUACCAAUUCCGGAAUUCCAAAUGUGGUUGGAUGCGUUGAUGGAACGCAUGUUGCGAUUAUUGCUCCAAGUGUAAACAAGCACUUAUAUCUAAAUCGAAAGGGAUUUUUCAGCAUAAACGCAAUGAUUGCGUGCAAUCAUGAUAUGGUAAUAAGGUGCGUUGAUGCAAGAUAUGGUGGAUCUUCCCACGACUCAUUUGUGUGGAAUAAUAGCACAUUAAAAACAUAUUUGGAACGGACAUACCAAAGAGGAGAUCACAAUUCAGUUUAUUUGGCUGAUUCUGGUUAUCCACUACAUGAGUACCUAUGGACACCUUACCGAAAUGCUUUAUCAGGAACAGUGGAAUCAAAAUUUAAUAAAAAACAUGCAAAGGCAAGGAACGUAGUUGAAAGGACAAUUGGAGUGCUAAAAUGCCGUUUCCGUUGUAUACUAGGUGAACGUAAACUUCGAUAUUCUCCUAGUAAAGCAACAAUGAUUGUUAAUGUGUGCUGUGCUUUACACAAUAUUUGUAAGCAGUAUGACGUUAAUGAUCCUGAACAAGAAACUUUCGUUGAUGUAGUAGUACCACUGGAACCAGUUGAAGAAAACUUCAGUGGUUCAGCAGCGGAUCGUCGCCGAAGACAAAUAGCUAAUUCUUUGUAAAUAUUGUAGUUAUAUCCCUAAAUGCAUUAGUACAUAAGUUUGUGUAAUAUAUAAUUAAAAAUAAUAAAAUUAAUUUUUAAUUAUUCGAAAUUCUUAUUUUAUUUUGUGUGUUUAAUUUGUUUUAAUUCUAAUUCCUUUAAUUUUAUUUCAAUUUUUUCUUUAUGUCUCCUUUUUUGCUCAAUAUUUUCUUCUUUCUUCCUUUCUUCUUUUUUUUUUUAAUUACAAUUUUUCUUUUUUUAGUUCAUACAUUUUUCUUGUAUACCUUCCGAUUUCUUUUGUUUCUGACUUAAUACUGUGUAGUAAAUCGACAAGGCUUUCUUGCGUUUGCGCUUGCUUUUCUAAAGCCUUCAUACGCAAAGUUUCGCGCUCCUCCACUCCGGUUAUACGUGCCUGCCUAGGUGUAACGUUGACGUUCAAAUUUUCACGCACCUGUUCAGGUUGCACCUCGUCAACGUCUACAUGUGUGAUGCUUUCUUCCAAAUUUUCAGCUGCAGUGUUUCCAAACGUUGAUCCGCUUGGAUUCACUGCAUCCUGUAAGCUGAACAAAUCGUCCACGGCUUGCUCUAAAGGCGUUAAACUGCGUUGAGUAUAAGGGCCCCCACCUGUGGCUACAGUCUCUCUUCGAUUGUUGGAAAUUUUCUUCUUUAGUUUUAAUUUGUAGUCCAACCAAACCUAAGUAAUAUACAAAUCAAUGUGCUUAUAUAUGUACAUAUAUACAAAUAUGCAAUCGAAAUGGUUUAUUUUUACCUUAUUCCAUUCGCUUCCUCUACGUAGUGGAGGGCCGAUAUUAUUCAGUUCAACCGCUAUAUCUUCCCAGAAGUCAAUCCUAGUUUUUUUUGUUGAUCCAAACGGCGUCAUUCCUUUGGCUAGCUGUGGAUUUUUCUCCAAAAGCUUCCCCAUCAGCUCAAACUGCUUCUGGUUAUUUUUUUUUAUUCUGAAAACGUUUAAUAAAUAAAAUACAAUAAAUAAAUUAAGGGGGGGGGGGGAUAAGGUUUGUUUCGUCGAAAAAAGACCUUUUUUCAUGAAUUUUUUUAGAAAAAAUUAUUACUGUAGGUUUAUUUUACUUAUUAUUAUAUGAAAGUACAACAUUUGAAGGAUACUUAAAAAAAGAUUUAUCGAAAAAUAGCGAGGAAUAACGGAUUUAUCGUCGAUCUCUGCAGGCACCUCGAAAAAAAGUGUUUGUGCGGUGACCAGCCUACAGCAUCGCUGGAUCGAUCCGAAACCAAAAAAUCAAAAUGCUUUCUUUAGUUUAUUAGUUUAUCUUUCAAUUGACGUCGAGUUUUUUUUAAUUUUUAAAUUUUUAAAUUUUUGGUACCAUUUUCAAGCCAAAAUUACGAUUUUAGACGAAAAAAUCAACCUAUUUGUUAUUGUGAAAUUGUUAGUAAUUAAAAUUUUUUGGAAAAACUCGACGUCAUUCGAAAGCUAUAUGUAUGUAGAAUAUUUGUUCAAAAUUUCAAAACGAUCGAUUCUGUAGUUUUUCCUGUAGGCUGGUCACCGACUUUAAGAAUGACAUAUUUGGGAAAAUCGAUUCAAAGUUUUGUUCACUAAGCGCUGGUAGCUGGAGGUAUCGUUCUUCAACAUGCUGUAACUUCGUUAGUUUUUCUCCGAAUGACCUAAAACUUGUUACAGAAUAUUCUUGAGAUGUUGAUGGUUCAGAAAAAAAAUAAAAAAAAAUUAAAAAAAAAAGUUGUCAAACCUUACCCCCCCUUAAUAAAAACUCACGUUUUUUCCAUUCUCAAUUCAAUUCGCGAAUAACAAUUAAUAAAUAACAGUUUCAAGCAAAUAACAGUUUCCUUUAAUUUUUUUUUGAAUUAUAUUGAACUGGCGAAUGAAAUAAACGUUCGCCAGAUUUUGACAAUUUAGGCGAAGCGAAUUUUCCAUAUUCGCCAGUGACAAUACCAAAUAUUCAUUUUCGCCGGUUCGUUCGCCUAUUCUUGGCGAAUUCGCCAAGUGUUCGCCACUCACAAUUCGAGCUGGCGAAAUUCGACUGAAAUUUCAUUCGCUUCGCCAGUGACAACACCAGCCAUAGUAUUCCACAUCAUGCGAUCACAACAAAAUUCUGCAUGGUGUUCAACGCUCACCUACCAGCACUGGAGUCUCACUCAACGAUAUUCAACUGGUAUGUCUAACGCUUCACGAUUCCCUCAGUAGUAUACUUCUACUAUUUCGACGCUAUCGAGAGGCUAUAUCAGAGAAAUAGAGAAGAUGUUCUGUCAAGUGUUAGUUGCACCUGAACAUCGAGGUUAUCAACGAAACAUAUGGCGCAAGUAUCCUGAAGACGAGAUCCAAGUUUCCCGCUUGAUGACCAUCUCAGAUGGGAUGGCAUACAGCCCUUACAAAGCGGUUCGUUCUCUACAAUAAUGUGCUGUGGUUCCAAACGUACAUCUGAACUUGCUCGAACGGCGAUCCUAACCUUAUUUUAUGUUAAUGAUUUCCUAACAAGUUGUAAAACGUUACAGAUGCAGUGGAACUGGCAAAAACGCCCGAAGGAAUGUACUUGCGUUUCACGUACUUAUGGUACAACUGCAGUACUUCAUGUAGAUUCGUUUCUAGCUGGGCUCUAAGCUACCGGGGGGUCGGCAGGUCGCGGAUAGUCGGACGGCCUGUAGUAGCAGGUUAGUUGCGAAAUAAGUCUGAACGAAUAAGCAACCCACGACGAUGAGCGGCAGGAGUGGAGGAUGCGGUAUAAAAGCUAGCAGAUCUGUUGAAACUCCUGUGUCUGUGGCGAAUCGACAUCGACUCAAAGAAAUAUGUGUCUCUCUCAACAUGCAUGGGCAUGUUGAAUAAUACAAAAACCCAGGCGCGACGGACCCAAAUUGGGCGGCUCCCUGGUCAGCGUCUGUUCACCAUGUUAGGUACGGCUGUUAAAUAACUUGACCGGUAAACAACAAGACGCACUGGGAGUCCCUCGAAAACUUAACAACGACUUCUCCGUUGUUAGGAUGGACAGGGUGAUGUGAGUUUACUCUGCCGAUGUGUCAGCAUCGCUGUUUACCCGAAACCAGCCACUCUGGGCUCUGGUCAAGAAGUAUGCAUUGGGCGUAGGAUUAGUAGCAUACGUUACUCCGGGCGAGCCCUGGUCCGUCCGUGUUUUCCGGGACUGGCAAAGCGAAGGACAGGUCUCAGGAAGCUGGGGUAGGAGCAUCGACACCCGUCCCUGUCUAUUUCGGCCCGCCCCCCUGCACACGAAGCGCUGCUACAACAAAUUAGAAAGACAUGGAAACUUUUUUGAGAAAUAAAAAUAACAAUAGCAGCAGCAACAUCUAUGCCGCAAUAAUGUGUAGUGGAACUGAAACCACAAACGAUGGAAAUAACAGAGAGCCAGUGAUAUGUUCCACACAGGAGACACCGAAUAUGGACAUAGACCCUUUUAAACGUGCCCCAAGACUCGGCAGAUCGCCCACAAAAGCGCUCAGUGUGGAAAAACCAUUGAGAUCUAGAUCGUCGCCGCCAGCGUUGCAAGAUAGCACAUAACAAGCUAGCUCAGUGGAAAAGGGUGUAGACUGCAUGAAACAACUGGGAGAUGAAAUCAAGAGGCUGACGGAAAUGAUGCGUCCACCACAGUGAACCAUUAACAAUAACCUCAGGGAUCUGAUUAGCCAUAUAGGGAUGAUAUAUAGUAAGGCACAAGAAGCGCAUAACAAACUGAAGGAACGAAGACAUAUCUUGAAUAUGCUAUCGACCACGAAUGUAACGCCAAAGAGACCCCGUGAUGAGCAGACCAAACGACGUACACCACCGAAGAAAAACAAAAUCACCCACGUAGAAGAGUCGAAGAAGACUGAGGAGAAAAAAAUGGAUAAACCCACCAACGUUAGUAAAGGAAUACUAAAGGAAAAGGAAGAUGACUGGAUCGAGUUAAAACGAAAAAAGAGGAGGGCAUACAAGUAUCCACCGCGUCCUGAUGCCAUAGUGAUUUAACGAACAUGAAGCAUAUCUUACUGCGACAUCCUAAAGGCAGUUAAAAAAGAAGAUACACUCCAGAAGCUGGGUGAAAAUGUAACUCGAAUCAGGAAAACGGCCAAAGACGAAAUGCUGCUGAAAUUAAAAGAAGCUCAAAUGAAAAGCACAGGACCACCAAAUUGGUAGUAAAAAAUGCCCCCUGUAUCAAGUAGCAUGCAAAAGAGCCAACAACAACUUAACCUCAACCACUGUGAAGCUGCGCAAGAUUUACUCACGCAGACGGUGUUUGAACAAAAACUGGACGUAGCCAUUGUCAGUGAACAGUACAAAAACAUAGAUACCGCAAGCUGGAUUCCAGACCAAACGAACAAAGCUGCCAUAUGGGCCUGUGGAGAAAAAUCAUUCCAAAAUAAGCCACUAGCAGGUCAUACCUAUUACACGCGUGCAACAUUCUGUGGCAUAAACUUUUAUAGCCGCUACAUCCCGCCGAGUGUCCCACAGAAUGAGAAUGAAAGAAUCCUAGAUAAUCUGGUACGAGAAGUUGCAAAUACAACAAUGAACAUUGUGGCAGGAGAUUUCUACGCGUGGGCUACGGAAUGGGGUAGUACCCACACGAAUAGGAGAGAAGAUGCCCUUCUCAAAGCGUUCUCAUCACUGGAUGGCAUACUGUUGAAUACUGGUAACAGGAAUACGUUUGAAAAAAACGGCCGUGGUUCUGAAAUUGACAUCACAUUUGCAAGUAGCUCCCUGGUGUGAAUAACUACAUGCAACGUAAGCGAAUUAUACACGCACAGCGACCAUCUGGCCAUCAUGCUAGAAAUUGAGAACCAUGUCCACGCGUAAAGAUGUAGAUCCCCCAAGAGAGUUCAAACCAGUGGCUGGAAAGCCGACACCCUUGAUGAAGAAUUAUUCAAAUUUAUGUUAAACAGCAACCCGAACCAUGCUACAGAAACGGAACGACAGGCCGAAUACCUAGUACAACACAUCAGCAAGGCAUGUGAUGCCGCUAUGUGUAAGAAAAAGCAAGCUGCACACAGGAAGCCUGCAUAUUGGUGGAACGGUGAAAUCGAAGAGCUAAGAAGAGAGUGUCACAAAGCGAGGCGUCUGUGUCAAAGAGGACGAAAAUCGGCGGAAUACACAAUACUACGAGAACGUUUUAAGAGAAAGCGGAACGACCUCAAAAAAUCAAUCAAUCAAUAAAAGGAGCAAGGCCUGCUGCUUUAAAGAGCUGUGCGGCAAAAUAGGCGAAAACCCGUGGGGUGACGCUUACAAACUUGCUAUGACAAAAGUCCGAGGGCGCAAAGAACAAGCUCCAAUCUGCCCCACGCUAUUAAAAUCUGUAGUAGAGACUCUCUUUCCUGCGCAAACACUGCAAGAGUACAGUGUUAAAGAAACUGUAACAAUGGGACCACCACUGUUCACAAAGUGCAUACGAGAGGGAAUAUUCCCUAAAAUUUGGAAGAGGCAACGCUUGGUUCUUAUACAAAAACCAAACAAACCACCUGGAGAACCAAGCUCGUACCGACCACUAUGCAUGUUAGACACAAUCGGGAAAAUACUGGAGCGAAUAAUAUGUGUACGUCUUGAACAACAUCUCGAAACAGAAUUACCGGUCCUGGCCGAUAAUCAAUAUGUAUUUCGCAGACACAGGUCAACAAUUGACGAAGUUAUGAAGCUUACCAAUAUCGCAAGUAAAGCGAUAGAAGGAACCAGGUGGAUGUAUGGUACUAAAGAGUAAUGUGCGGUAGUCACUUUCGAUGUCAAGAAUGCUUUUAACUCAGCCUAUUGACCCCACAUUAUAAGAGCCCUAGAAGCUAAGAACACACCCCCCUACUUGUUGAAGAUCAUCACCAAUUACCUAUCGGACUGGAUACUAUUUUAUGACACAGACGAAGGACCACAAAGCUAUGCAGUAACGGGUUGAGUACCACCAGGUUCUGUCCUGGGCCCGGUCUUGUGGAAUGUCUUAUAUGACGGAGUACUGUGGCUCCCAUUGCCCAAAGCGGUACAAAUUAUUGGAUAUUCUGAUGACAUCGAGGUGACAAUAGUAGCGGAAGAAAUCAACCAAAUAGAAAUACUUUGUAGUCAAGCGGCGACAAAAAUAAAAGAAUGGAUUACGGCGACAAAGCUGCAGCUAGCAGGCCAAAAAACAGAAGGAAUACUGAUCACAAGCACGAAGAAACUGGAGGUUGUCACGCUCAAUAUUGAUGGAUUUAACAUUACAACACAACGGUCAUUAAAAUACCUAGGAGUAAUGAUAGACUCGAGAUUUAAUUACAAGACUCAUAUAGACAAAGCCUGUGAAAAAGCGUCAAGGGUGACAGUGGCGCUGACGAGGAUAAUGGCCAACAUUGGUGGACCUACCCAGAAUAGACGUGCCCUCUUAGCGAAAGUAAGUCAGUCCAUACUCAUGUACACUGCACCUAUAUGGGGGACAGCGCUACGGCAAAAAUCAUAUGCAGAUAUCGCAUGAGGCUAUUGGAGUCAUUGCAGGUAUCAUGCCCCAAGAAAUAAUACGAUAAAACAAAAUAUAUUGGCAGACGGUUAAAGACAGAAGAGAAGAAACAGAAAAGACAAAGGAAUGGCAGGAACAGUGGGAUGCAGCAGCGACAGGGAGAUGGACCCAUAGGCUGAUUGGAAAUGUGAAAACGUGGGUAGAUAGAAAGAAUGGUGAAACUGACUUCUACCUUACACAGUUUUUGACGGGGCAUGUUUGUUAUAGAGAAUAUCUAUACAAAUAUGGCCAUCAUGACCAAAUGAACUGUUCCUUCUGCGGUAAGCAAUGGAGAAAAUGCCUUACAUGUUUUCUUUUCGUGCCCGAUAUAUGAAAAUGAGAAAUCUGAUAUAAAGAACUUAACAACGGAUCGAGUGAAGCCGGACAAUAUCGUACACUACAUGAUCCAGUCGAAGCUGGUUUUGGACAAAGUUAGAACGUGGGCAGCAGUAGCUAUGCAGAGCUCAGAAGAAAAGAGUGGCAACGCAGCGAAAGCAGAAGGAAUAAUGUGACGUUGGCCGGAGAGGUAGAAUUUGAUCCUACGAUGGGAUGAAUUGACAGACCAGUUGUUCGAUCUAAAUCAGACAAGAGAGAUACCGACGAAGCACCAAGUACUCUGUGAAGUUGCACGGCUCUUUGAUCAUACUGGAUUGUUGACGCCUGUGGUUGUAACUGGUAAAAUCUUCAUUCAGCCCGUAGAGGCAUCACACCUGAAGAAAUAUUAGUACAGGCAUAGCCCGGAUGUGAAGAACUUGAUCUGAUUCUACCAGCAAUGAUACACUGUUCGACAAGGACGAUUCGGAGGUUUUAGUUGCUGAAACUCGUAAUACGAAUAAGAUGAUUGUAAUCGGUUCACAAUAUUUUGUUAACUGAACGUUUGAAUAAUACUAUUGCUAUUAUUCUCCGAUGGUUAAGAAAACGACGACAUCUUCGCCAACCGGUUUUGGUGGCGCACGAACUGGAUGACGCACUAAACACCAUAAUCCGUUUAGAGCAAGAGGAAAAUAUUACCGAUGAAAUCCGAGAGUUGAAAAUAUACUUACAUUUCAAAACCAACAGCUUAAGAAAAUACAAUAGUGCGACCCUAUUGUAAUUGUAGUUUCUGAUUUGACUUCCCGAUUAUUGCAGCGUUUUUCAAGCGGAAGUGGCUGCUAUUAAGGCAGCGACGAAUAUACUGCUUCGAAGCGCAACUACCGAUCCACUCGGAUAGUAGAGCGGCGAUACUUGCCCUGAGUUCAUUGACCAUGCGCUCAGGGUUGGUUAAGGAAUGCCUUUUCCUCACUGUAGGUGGCUUCAUUAUACUUUUCAAUUAGACUAGUUUGGGUUCACGGCCACUGCGGAAUCGCGGAUAAUUGUAAGGCUGAUGAGCUUGCAAGGUCAGGAACGACGGACUCACUAUCAGAAGCAUGGUAGCAUGUAGGAGCACCGUUGUCCUAUUGCGGUUUGCUAAUGGACAGAUGGGCCUCGGCUGAGCUGGGUUAGGCCUUCUGGCCUAAGGUAAACCGUGGUAGGUCUACCGAACUUUUCGCCCUCAAUAAACCUUACCUCUCCUUAGUCGUAGGGAUUAUUGCUGGCCAUUGCCCCAUCGGAAUAUACGCUGUAAGGUUAAAAAUUUUACCGGAAGCUAGCCGUAAAAUCUGCAUGGAGGAGGAUGAGGUGGAAUCAUCUCAUCACUUUCUUCUGGAAUGUCCUACCUUUGCUAGAUAAAGAAAGAUAUUUCUUGGAUCUCACUUUUUAAAGCAGGCUCGCGAAAUAGCGAAGUUAAAAAUCUCUGCAGAUUUGUAGUAGGUUCAGGGCGCUUUAUCGACUCCUAAUUGUUAAUCCAGGGGGGAUCCAGGCUUCACAAAGGACUAUAUUUUAAAGUCUACGUGUGUUUCCCUUUGAGAAACACCCUUUCAACCUAACCUAACUUAACAUUUAUCACAACUGAUCAGAUUUGAAAAGAGGACUAAACUGUUGGACUCACAGUUUUAUAUUUUUUUAAUAAAAAGUCUCUUUUAUAGAAAUUAAAAAGCUUUUAGCACAAAAUUCAGCUGCUCAGAAGUUUUACAAUGACAUGCAGAAAUACAUUACAACAGGGUGUGCUCGCGAUUUUGUUGUGUAUAUCUGAUUUCGUUGUAAAAAAGGUAAAUAAUUACUACGAAUACAACAGAUCCCGAAUACCCUAAUAUAUCGUUCUUUCUGAAAAAAAAAUCAAUGCUAACUUUGGCACAACCGAGAUUUGUGGUUGUUGUGGUUAAAAAAAUGCAACAUAAUAAGUUGAAUAAUGUCACAUUCUUAUUUCACGGUUGGUAUGUAAUUUUUUUUUGUCAAAGUGUACCUAGCCUCGCCCCCUAAUAAGUUUUUUGCACAUAUCUCGUAAAAUACUAAAGCUAUAUAAACUAAACUAUCUACAUUCACUUGCCUUACUCGCUAGCUUGUUGGCAUAGAUCAAUAUUUCCUGUGUGGCAACGUCAAGUUGCCUAAAACCUCACAACCGAGGUGGCCAUUUGACUGGCCCAUUUCGUAAGAUAACACGUUCACACAACUUUGUUUUCAAGAAAUCUAUUGUGUCAUUUUCUAUGUGACUUGUGACGCCCUCCUGUUGGAGCCACAUAAAAUCGAGUCAUAAACUUCCCUAGCUCCCAUAUACCUAAUUAUAGGUUUUCCCAAAAUACUGUGGGCUUUAUACCUUAUAAAUCGGUUGUUAAUAUGUGAAAUAUCUUAGCCAAAUUAAGUGUGCGUAUAAUCUUGGUCUGGUCUACCUUGGUGGUGAACAUGAGUGAAAUCAGUUUCAGUUUUCAGUAGUUUCGGAGCCUAUUCGAGGCAAACAAACAAAAAAACAAACCUUUCCUCUUUAUAAUAUUAGUAUAGAUAGUGUACCUUGGUGGUGAAAAUGAGUGAAAUUGGUUCAGGUUUACUCACUUUCUGAUCUUUUUAUGGCCUUCCACGAAUAUUUCAAGACUAAAAUUAGCCAGAUCGGUUUGGCCGUUCUCGUUUUUUUGCGACACAAACGGAACAGCAAUUCAUUUUUAUAUUAUAUUAUUAUCAAGCGACAAUUUUUUUAAUUCCGCACAGGACCAUCCAGUAGGGAAUCGACCGCGCGAGUGAUCUUAACCCCCUCCCGUACCCCCGUGCCCGAGUGAUGCCUACAACUCUACAUACAACGCCGAGCGGCUUUACAAAAUUUUUAACUCGUGAUAUCUUUUGAAUGGAAUUAGCCCUUCUUUACUUGUUUUUAUUUGUUUUCACCUCACUGUAACGUAAGCCGAAAAGCAUUGCAGGCAAUUGGUACGAAAGGAAUAAAUUAGCACUAACACUAUUGAUUGGCACUUUUAAAAAAGAUUUUAUCGAAAAUCACGCACAUACUCCCUGCUCGGGCGCCAUGAAAAUUCUCAAGCUUUUUUGAGAAACGAAAAGUCACUUUAAAUUGGGAUGCUAGAUUAAAAUUAAAAAUCACCAAAUUGCCUGUAUCGAAAAAUUGUAAUUGUAAUAGCCGGCAAAUUAAAACUCGUGCCUACGGUUUCACGGUUCCAUUCAAAGAGAGUUCUUUAUUCCGUUUUAUGGAAUCGCUUAGCCUAAAUCUUAAAGUAACGGCAUAACAAGUGGUAAUUGUAGUAUAUAUUACUAGCAGACCCGGCCACACGUUUUUGUGGCUAAGGUAUACAUUAAAUUAAGUUGGUCCAAUCUUAGCUUCGGCGACGAUAUUGAUUAUUCGAGGUUGAUUUAAGUUACGCAGUUAGCUGUGUCAACUCUCUUGGACCUAAAUUCUAAAUUGUCGCAUUAAGAUCAUCGUUAUCUUUUUUUUACCACCAAUAUAUGUCAUUCAAUCAGUCAUUUAUGGUUAUCAUAUUGAGGUUUCAUGUGAGGAAAACUUCUCUUUCGAGUCAAUGAAGUGACAGAAAUCUGUUGGAAAUGCUAUUAAUCCAUCGAGGUAUCAACAAUCAAUUGGAAUCUACCAUUUCCAACUGCUUCUACAAUCGCAAUUUGAUAUUGUUGCAAAAACACUCAUACGUUAGUUGUUAAUUGGCGAUUCUUUAUGUGUCGCCACAAAUUAAAUGAUUUUAGGCAUGCGAUUAGCCCGUCAGUAACAGUUGAUCCAUGAAUAAUUGGAAGAGUCUGUCACCUGCUAACAGAAUCCUGGCUCCACUAAAAACGUGCAUCGAUAAUCAAAAUCUUUUAAAGUCGUGUGGAGUACCACCAGCGACUUCUUGAAUAUUUGGAAAAUCUUCGUUAUAGCGCUAUUUUUGGCGAUUUUGCCGACUCGUGUUUCGUUCAGUUGCAAUUUAGGAGUAAUUUCAAGGCCGAAUGUGCCGUUUGUUUGCCCACUAACAGGUGCCAAGUUGCCCCUAUUCCCGUUAAUCUUGGUGGUGAAAAUGAGUGAAAUUGGUUCUGGAAUUACAUCAGCCCUCAUAUACUAUAUAUGAUGAUUUUCUAUUGGACUUUAUGGCGAAUAUAUAUGUGAAAUUAUGUGUUAUCUUAAUAAAAUUACAUCAAUAAAUUGCGAGAGUAUAAAAUGUUCGGUUGGACCCGAAUUUAGCCUUUCCUUAUUUGUUACAAAUUGUUUUGGGCUAUCGACACAACCUUAUGCAAUUGAACAAUAACAAAAAUAUUUUAACAAAGCAACAAUGCUUCAAAAUAUUAUUUUUUUGUUUUCUCUUUUUAUAUUUUUCUUGUCAACUCGAAUAAAAUUCUCUUAUUAUUAUCUUC